GCGUUAUGUAAAGGUCUUCUAAGGUGAAAAGCUGGAUCAAACAGAUACACUGAAAAAUAUAGCUGUGACAGACUGAUCAUUAAUGUUUCAUGUUUAUUUUCAGUACUUCGAAAAUGACUGCCAUAACACAGGUGUCCAGUAACAAAAUGUUUGGAGGUUUUCAAAAGGUCUAUAGCCAUGAGAGCACUGAAUGUAAAUGCACCAUGAAGUUUGGUGUGUACAUCCCACCACAAGCAGAGGUCAAGAAAUGUCCUGUACUCUAUUGGCUCUCUGGUCUUACUUGCACUGAGCAGAACUUUGUGUCUAAGGCUGGUGCCCAGCGUGUCGCUGCAGAGAAAGGAAUCAUCUUGGUUGCGCCGGAUACCAGUCCACGAGGUGUAAACAUUGAGGGUGAAGAUGAUAGCUGGGACUUUGGGUCUGGUGCAGGCUUCUAUGUGGAUGCCACAGAGGAGAAAUGGAAGACCAACUAUCGCAUGUAUUCAUAUGUUACAAAGGAGUUGCCAGACGUUAUAAAUGCUAAUUUUAGCAGUUUGCCAGACAAAAUGUCCAUAUUUGGUCAUAGUAUUGGAGGUCAUGGGGCACUCAUCUGUGCACUGAAGAAUCCGGGCAAAUUCCAGUCAAUGAGUGCUUUUGCCCCUAUCUCCAACCCAACCAAAGCACCGUGGGGAAUCAAAGCUUUCACAGGAUAUCUUGGAGGGGACAAGUCUAAAUGGCAGGAGUAUGAUGCCACAGAACUGGUGAAGAAGUACACUGGUCCUGCCCUUAAUAUGCUUGUUGACCAGGGAAAGGCAGACAACUUCUAUGUGAAAGGACAACUCCUGCCUGACAAUCUGUCAGCUGAAUGUGCGUCCAACAAUGUGCCAAUCAAUCUGAGGAUACAUGAGGGUUAUGACCAUAGCUACUAUUUCAUCGCCACAUUCAUCGAGGAACACAUCCACCACCGCGCCAAGUUUCUCUUCUAGUGAAUGACAAUGCAAUACCAACAGCAGUUGCAUAAGCUGCACUGAUUUGAUUUUAAUUUUAUCCAGCCUCUGUUGAAACAUUGGCAAAAUUAAGCAAGGACGAAUAAACUUUCCUACAGUAUCUCCGGUCAACAGGAAGUAGUGUAAUCAUACGCACGCUGUGACGAUUCACAUGUUCUAAUAUUUGACGUUUGAAAUUUAUUGGGACACAUCAUGAAUGUUAACGUUAUAUUAUUUAUCCUCCUUUUUUU